AUGGGGAUUUUUGAUCUUUUUGGGAAGAAACAGGUGAUUUUCUUAUUAUAUGUUGUACUUGAUGUUGUUUGCUAGUUCUCUUUUGUUGAGUAGUCUAGUUCUCUCAUUCUUUAUGCUGUUUGUAGUGUAAGAUAUUACUUGUUAGCUUUUGAAUAUCAAACGUUUCAUUUUCAGGAUAAAAUGGCAGCCAAUGUCACUAUUGACUGUUUGGGCGAAAAACUUGAAGUGCUGGUUCAGAAUGAAGAAAAUUCUGGUUCUGAACUAGUACCCGAAGAUGGAGAACAAAUCCUCAAAACUGUUGGUGAUCUCAGGAAUAGGAUUGCUGAUCACUUUGGGCUGGAUGCGGACAAAAUGAAGAUUAUUCAUAGAGGUAUGUAUUAUAAUAUUGUCUUUUGGGUUUAGGUCAGUUGAACUUGGAACUAGAACGUUUUGAAGGGCAUGAGCAAUUAGAUUUUAUUCUUGUGGUGAUAUGCUUGAGCUACUUUUAUUUGAAUUUGGGGGUUUAAGUCAAGUUUUUCAUCAACCAUCUUUUAAUGUACUACAAUAUCCUGUUUUUUUUCCAGAACUGUGAAUUAUAAAUUGUGAAUGUUUUGAGGAGCAAAAACAGUUUAUGUUAAACAUUUUAAUAUAUAAUUCAAUUUGUUUUGCUUUUUCUUCACAGUUUUACGUUAUCUUUGGCAUAAGCUAUCUUUACCGAUAUCAGUUUUAGGAAAACUUAUUGGAACAGAUGCAGAAGUCAAGCUCAGUGGGUUAAGGUUCAAAGAUAAAGAUGUGUGCAAGAUUAUGGGCAAGCCUCCGAAAACGGAUGAAGGAUGGUCUACUUUGUGCAGCUUUGAACGCACUUUUUUGAUCAAACUCAAUCAGAAAUUUGAGCAAAAUGGAAUUGAUCUCGACUCAUUAGAAAAGAAUUUUUUAGAUGGUAAGUUGCAGAUGGGAAUGAAGAACUUUUUGAAUUGAUUAUAUGAUUUUUGGCCAUUUAGAGGUAUGAAUAAUGUUGGUUUAUAUUAAUAUAGUUUGUUUAAGUCCGUUUUUCUUCAAUAAUUUAUGUUUUUAGUUGCCUUACGUUUUAUUUUUAAUAUUUUUGGUUAAAUUUUUGAUUAAAAAUAAAGUCCAAGUAUUAUAAAAUGUUAUUUUAGGCAAACAACGCGAGGAGUUGAUUUUAAAAACCGAAAAAGAGUUGAAGAUGUUCAAUGCACUGGCUGAGAAACAAGUAGAAGCCAUCGAUGGUCUCAAGAUCUUCGACGCUGAUACUAGUGAAGAGCAAAAGACUCGGAACCGUGAGAAGAGGAAACAGAUCAUCCAAGGAGUUCAGAGCCUUUUGAAUUUGAACGACAAGUACCUGAAGCGAUUGGAGGAGUACAAGUUCCGAGUUGAGCAUCCAGAUGAAGGACGGUGA